AGAUCGCAAAGGAGGUGGCGAAACUGCUGGAGAUGAAGGCGCAGCUGGGGGGAGAUGAAGGGAAACACAAGUUUGUGCUCAAGACCCCAAAGGGCACACGGGACUACAACCCCAAGCAAAUGGCCAUUCGUGAGAGGGUCUUCAGUGCAAUCAUCACCUGCUUCAAGCGCCACGGAGCGGAGGUCAUUGAUACGCCGGUGUUUGAGCUGAAGGAGACACUGACAGGGAAAUACGGUGAAGACUCGAAGCUCAUCUAUGAUCUGAAAGAUCAAGGAGGAGAGCUGCUGUCCCUGCGCUACGACCUGACAGUGCCCUUCGCUCGCUACUUGGCGAUGAACAAGAUCACCAACAUUAAGCGCUACCACAUCGCCAAGGUGUACAGGCGGGACAACCCGGCCAUGACCAGGGGCCGCUACCGGGAGUUCUACCAGUGUGAUUUUGACAUCGCCGGCCAGUUCGACCCGAUGAUUCCCGAUGCCGAGUGCCUGAAGAUCGUGCACGAGAUCCUGAGCGACCUGCAGCUCGGGGACUUUCUCAUUAAGGUCAACGAUCGGCGCAUCCUCGAUGGGAUGUUUGCAGUUUGUGGUGUCCCAGACAGCAAGUUCCGAACGAUCUGCUCCAGCGUUGACAAACUGGAUAAGAUGCCGUGGGAAGAAGUGAGGAGCGAGAUGGUGGGAGAGAAGGGGCUCUCUCCCGAGGCUGCGGAUCGCAUCGGGGAGUACGUCCAGCUGCACGGUGGCCUGGACCUGAUCGAGCGGCUUCUCCAGGACCCAAAGCUGUCCCAGAACAAGCUGGCCAAGGAGGGGCUGGGCGACAUGAAGCUGCUGUUUGAGUACCUGACCCUGUUUGGCAUCACCGGGAAGAUCUCCUUCGACCUGAGCCUGGCGCGGGGCCUGGACUAUUACACGGGGGUGAUCUUCGAGGCUGUCCUGCUGCAGCAGGAGAACGACCAUGUGGAGGAGGCAGCCAGCGUUGGGAGCGUGGCCGGAGGCGGUCGCUACGACGGGCUGGUGGGGAUGUUUGAUCCCAAGGGGCGGAAGGUGCCCUGCGUGGGGGUCAGCAUUGGGAUCGAGCGGAUCUUCUCCAUCCUGGAGCAGAGAGUGGAGGCCUCAGAGGAAAAGAUCAGGACAACAGAAACACAGGUGCUGGUGGCCUCUGCCCAAAAGAAGCUCCUUGAGGAGCGACUGAAGCUCAUCUCUGAGCUGUGGGAUGCUGGAAUCAAGGCAGAAGUGCUAUACAAGAAGAACCCCAAGCUGCUGAAUCAGCUGCAGUACUGCGAGGACACGGGCAUCCCUCUCGUUGCCAUUGUGGGUGAGCAGGAGCUCAAGGAUGGAGUCGUCAAGCUGCGGGUCGUGGCAACCAGGGAGGAGGUGAACGUUCGCAGGGAGAGCCUGGUUGAGGAGAUCAGGAUGCGAACGAGCCGGCCCUGA